AUUAGUAAAACAACAAGACAACAACUAAAUCACACUCUUAUCUAUCUUCUCCCAAAUUACUGCCAAAGCAAAAGCUGAAAUAAUAUCAGCUGCCGAAUCAUAAUUUUGUCCUUUAGGCUGGAGGAAUGAAGAAGAAGAAGAAGAAGAGCACAAGUUACAACUAGUAAGAAGAAUUCAACAACCGCAGCUUUUUUCAAUUUUGGACCUUUUGGGUUUCCUCUGAUGAUACUAAAAGCUAUUUGCUUUCCUCGUGGUCUUCUCUGUGCUGUAACCAGGUGAACCGUUUACCCUUUCUUCUUCUGGCUCUUGUUACGGCUUUACAUUGGUCUUUCGUGAACGAACGAACACUAACGCUUUGGAGAUAUAUAUUUUGCUGAGAAUUUGGAGCGUCUUCAGUUUUCGACUUGGAUUUAGAUGGAUGUUUCUUCCAUUGGACGACCAACUACAUCCCAAACUGAUCAAGAUCCUUUGUUAAUGGACCUCAAUAGCCCUGACCACAUCGUUGAUAUCACUAGCAUUGACCACCACCACGACUCUUCUUCAUCAAGAUCUUCCAUCGAUGACUUAACUCCUCAGGUUAGCUCACACCUUGUUGAAGAAGAGACAACAUCAUCAUCAUCAUCAUCAUCAAAUGGUGGCACACAACACUUGCCCCAUCCAUCUCCGUUGACUCCUCCUCAGCAGAGAUCAACAACUUCUUCUAGGAGAGGAGAUGAUGCCAAUGCUCGCCCUAGGAGUCCUUUGAAUUCUGGCCUUUGGAUCUCUGUUGAGUUAGUUGUCACUGUGGCUCAAAUUGUUGCCGCCAUAGUAGUUAUGGUUCUCGCUAAAGAUGAACAUCCGGAAGCGCCGUUGUUUACUUGGGUCGUUGGAUAUACUUCUGGCUGUAUUGCCACCCUCCCUAUUCUCUAUUGGCGUUUUCGCACUUAUAACCGAGGUACAGGGCAAGAUUCUUCACAACGUGCUACUACCUCUUCUCACGGCAAUAAUAAUAACCCUUCAGAGUCCACACCUUAUACGGCCGUCUCACUUGCUCAAGCAGCAGAUGAAGAAAACGGCACUGAAUCGACUGCAGCACCUAGAAACAAUCAAGUUAGGGAAAGCUUAAGAACAAGACUCAACGGCCUGGUGGACCACUUCAAGAUGGCCAUUGAUUGUUUCUUUGCUGUUUGGUUUGUUGUGGGGAAUGUAUGGAUUUUUGGAGGUCACUCAUCUCCUUCUGAUUCUCCUAAACUGUACAGGUUAUGUAUAGCGUUCCUUACUUUUAGUUGCAUUGGAUAUGCAAUGCCAUUCAUACUAUGUGCAACCAUAUGCUGUUGUUUGCCUUGCUUAAUCUCUGUUCUCGGAUUUAGAGAAAACUUCUCACAAACUAGAGGAGCCACUGCAGAGGCCAUCAACUCACUGCCUGUCUACAGGUUCAAAUCGAAAAGUAGAAAUGAUUUGGAAUUUUCAGAGGAAGGUGAAGGUGGAUUUCUUCUGUUGGGAUCCCAAAAGAAACGUCUUAUAUCAGGGGAGGAUGCCAGCUGUUGCAUCUGCUUGACUAGAUAUGGAGAUGACGAAGAUGUAAGAGAGCUGCCAUGCUCACAUGUCUUCCAUGUAGACUGUGUAGAUAAAUGGCUUAAAAUCAAUGCGACUUGCCCUCUCUGUAAAAAUGAGGUCGGAGAAAGCAGCAGUGCUUCCUCAUAGACAAAAAGCUGAGGCAAGGAGAGAGAGAGAGAGAGAGAGAGAGAGAGAGAGAGAGAGAGAGAGAGAUGAUCCCAGCAGUCUUCGAUGUGUAUAGACUUCAAAACUUGUAUAGUUGAGUUGCUGUUUAUUCAUUUUGUUUGUUGAUGAGAUGUAACUUUCCAAAUCAAUAAAAUUUCAAAUAAUGUGCUAA